AUGUCUCCGGACUUUGUGCCGCCCAAGGAGAGGACCUUCAACAGAUCUUACAGCAAGGUUGGCCAGAUUGUGUUUUUGAAUUUGCUGUUGUGUUUUGCACUUCAGGGCCAUCGUAGAAACACAGAUCACAAACAUGUCGCUGUUGACGAGCUCACACUGUGUGUGUGUGUGUGUGUGUGUGUGUUAUUCUCAGGUCACCUGGUUCUGAAGGAUCUGGGUAUCAAAGUAGAGAAAUAUGUGGCCUCAGAGGUCUGCGAGGAUUCGAUCGCCGUGGCGGAGGUCAACCACGGCGGGAAGAUCAUCCACGUCGGUGACGUACGGUUCAUCACGCCGACACACCUCGAGCAGUGGGGUCCGUUUGAUUUGCUGAUCGGUGGCAGCCCCUGUAACGACCUCGCCAUUGUCAACCCACACAGAAAAGGCCUUUAUGAGGGCACUGGCAGGCUGUUCUUUGAGUUCUACCGCAUCCUCCAGCUGCUGAAGCCCAAAGAAGAAGACCCGCGGCCGUUCUUCUGGCUCUUUGAGAACGUCGUCUUCAUGAACUUACACGACAAAUACAACAUCUGCCGCUUCCUGGAGUGUAACCCGGUGCUGGUGGACGCGGUCAAACUCAGCCCGGCUAACCGAGCGCGUUACUUCUGGGGAAACAUCCCGGGCAUGAGCAGGCCCAUCGCACCGUCCCCGAGCGACAAGCUGACUCUGCAGGACUGUUUAGAGAUCGGCAGAGAAGCCAGGGUAACGAAGGUGAGGACGAUCACCAGCAACUUAAACUCUCUGAAGCAGGGCAAAGUGUUUCAGCUGCCCGUCCUCCAGAAAGGCAAAGAGGAAAACCUCUGGAUCACAGAGAUAGAAAGAAUCUUUGGUUUCCCCAAACAUUACACUGACGUGAGGAACAUGAGCCGGCAGCAGAGGCAGAAGGUGCUGGCGAAGUCAUGGAGUGCGCAGGUCAUCCGUCACCUCUUCGCUCCCCUGAAGGACUACUUUGCCUGCGAGGUGGUUCCUGUUCCCGUAACCACGUCCACCACCUCCACCCCCCCUUCCUCCCCUGCCUCUUCAGAGCUGCAGCAGCUGAGAUAGGAGAGGUCCCUGUGGAGUUGUGUAUGUAUAGGGCAUAAAUUCUCUUUGCAGUCUCCUCUGACAAUCAGGCCUUUGUGGAUCACUGCCAGACUGAAGUCACUUCUGCCAAAAUGGUGGCUUAUUCUCCUUCGAGUUGCUGGUUUUUCCUCCUGAAGUUCUCCAACUGCCAAGUCAUUCCAGCAACCAGCAACUCAUUUCAGCUUGGAAGGCUAAAGAGUAGAAUAAUAUGUGACAGUGUUCAUCUGAUUAAUUCUGCAGGAGGAGAGCAGGUGAAUCUGAGUGAACGUUGCUGUUUGCUGAUGAUGGUAUCUCAAGUUCAGCUGAUUUCCUUCAGGCCGUCACACAAAGUGUUUGUAUCACCUGUAUUUAACUUAAAUGUUCAUAUUUGCAGGUCAUAUGUGAGAUUUUGUGUUACCUUUUUUUUUUUUUGAACACAUUAAAACUGUAUGACAGACUGAAUAUGGAUUUUCUUCAAUGUGAACAUGAUUUUUUUUUAAACGCCUCGCUGUGUUCCUCUCGUGUUUGAGAGAAGAAAACACUGAAAAUGUACUGUAGUUUAAAAAACGUUGCAUUCUGCAGUAGCUUACUGAAUCGUCUGUGUUGAUUUUUAUUGACAGUUCAGACACUUUUGGUUCUCUCUAUAUUUCUUUGUUUUUAUUUGUAAAGUUAACUAGUUUGUGUAUUAACGAGGACACAUUAAAUUGUAUUGAUUGUUA